UAUCAUAAUAAUCGGGCAUCCUUUUACGAACCCAACAAUUACAGCAAUUCAAGAGCAAAUGCAAAAGCGGCUCUUUUAACAAAUCAAAAAAGUCCUCUCGCAAUAGAAGUGCAAGCAGGAACUAUAAUAUUCAUGUCUGGCUUUGUGAAACAUUGUAGCAUUGGCAACGCCAGCUCGUGCUUUAGGCGUGUCUAUAUGCCACAAUAUUCAGCAAGGAUAGUUUAUGAUUCUAGACUAUCAUUGGAUCAAAAUAAUACGGGUGUGACCGAAUCUGAAAAAUCAAAUGGUAAACAAUUAUUGGCUUUGGGUGUUCCUUGUUUAAAUUAG